UAUACCUUUAGCUUGAAAUGAUUGUCUCAGUUAAAUUUGAUUGUUUUAUGAUUUUAAUUUUGCAAAGGGAAAUUGAAUUCAUUUAAUGCAUGAUUUUGAUUAAUUUGAGAUAUGGCAGACAUUAAUGUGUCAGCAUAUGGUCAUAGUUCUGUCCACAAAGCCAUAAUAUUGAAAGAUUAUGUUGGUCUUAAAAAGAUUAUUGACUCUUUACCAAAACUUUGUAACCCUUAUGAGAUAAAAACUGAGGCUGCAUCAAUAGCUGAAGAUGAAAAAGCUGCUGCAAUUUCUGCUGUUAUAGAUAGAAGAGAUGUUAUAAAUGGUGACACCCCUCUUCACUUGGCUGUAAAACUCGGCGAUGUUGUCGCGGCAGAAAUGCUGAUGGUUGCUGGUGCAAACAAUAGAUUGAAAAACCAUGAAGGUUGGAGUGCUCUUAGACAAGCUGUCAUUAAAAAACAAGAUAAAAUAGCAUUGAUUAUGAUCAAUUAUUCUUUCAACGAAUUAGACGAAAAAUGGUUCAGAAGGUUUCCUCGUUAUUCCGCCACAAUGAGAAGAAUGAGAGAUUUUUAUAUGGAGAUUACUUUCCAUUUUGAGAGUUCUGUGAUACCUUUUAUAUCGAGGAUUGCGCCUUCGGAUACUUAUAAGAUUUGGAAAAGAGGUGCUAAUAUGAGAGCUGAUAUGACUUUGGCUGGUUUUGAUGGUUUAAGAAUUAAAAGAUCUGAUCAAAGUGUACUUUUUCUUGGUGAUGAAUCAAAUGAUGAGAGAAUAAAACCUGGAUUUAUGUGUUUGGUUUCACAUCAUAAUAAAGAAGUUGUUGUUCCUUAUUUGUCUAGACCUUCCAAACCAACUGAGAAAAGUAUGAAACAAUAUUUAGCUAGAAAAUCUAAUGAGGCUAAAGUUGUAAGAGUUGGAAUUGAUGUGAGUCAAGCACUUAUUGUUCCUCAAUUGACAUGGAGGAGAAAAGAGAGAAAAGAAAGUGUAGGUUUAUGGAAAAGUAAAGUUUAUGAUAUGCAAAAUGUGGUUUUAACUGUAAAAUCCAAAAAGGUACCUGGUGUUCAAGCUCAAGCUAAGUUACCUCCAAAAGACAAUAAUAACAAUAAUACUAAGAAGGAGGUUGAAAAGCUUGAUGAUGUUUUGACAGAAGAAGAGAGAAAGCAAUUAGAAGCUGAGUUGAAUAAGUCAGAUGAUAAUUAUGAUGGUCAUAAAAAUGAUGCAAAGAAAGGAAAAAAAGGGAAGGGUAGUGGAAAUAAAGAAAAGGAUCAUCAUCACAAGGGAAAAACAACUAAAGCAGCUUCUAUGAAUUCUGCUAGUAAUAGUAGUAGUAGUCAUAAAGACGAAAAUGGUGACAGCGAGUACAAGAGAGGGAUGAUGCCAGUUCUUUGGCUUUCCCCUAACUUUCCAUUGAAAAUUGAAGAGUUUCUGCCUUUGCUUGACAUUCUUGCUGAAAAAGUUAAAGCAGUACGUCGUGUGAGAGAACUCCUUAUGACCAAACUUCCAAAGGAUACUUUUCCUGUCAAGAUUGCUAUCCCUGUGGUGUCUACAGUUAAAGUAUUGGUUACUUUUACAAAGUUUGAAGAAUUACCAAAAGUAGAUGAGUUUGAAUCAGCUCCAUCAAGUCCUACUUCAGCUGACUUUGACAAUCCACCGGAAGAACCGUCGUCGUCAUCGUCGUCGUCAUCAUGGUUUCAGUGGAUUAGAACUCCUUCUCAGUCUAAUUCAUCUGCCGCUGCUGAAUCGUAUAGUACUUCAGAAGACCUGUUUACGGUUCCAUCCGAUUAUACGUGGAUUACUGUUGGUUCAAAGUUGAAGUCUUCAGAUAAGAACAAGCCAAAGACACAAAGUCAUAGUUGAUUAACUAGGUCUAAACAUUGCAAUGCUCUUUCAAUUGUUACACUUUCAUUUUUUUAACUAGCCUUAUUCUUAUCACAUGUUUCUAGUUUUUACUUGUUAAUUUUCUUACAUUGUUCUGAAAUGGAAUUAGGAUAAUUUCAAGCACAUAAAAGCAUGUA